CUAAGAAAUAAUGGGCACAAUCACUUAUUUUUAGCCAUGAAGACCAGUAAGGGUCAUCUUGUGUGUCACAUGGAUGAACUCUACUGAAAUGAGCCAGGCAUACUUCAUUAAUCAACACUAGGGUCGCUAUCCCAAAAUUUUUUGAAAUUUGUCGCCUCGACCUUCGUGGUUAUUUUCCCAUCAGUGAUCGCGUGACAAAUGUAGGUAUUUACUAAGAGCGAGCCACUGACACAGGUCACUAUCGACAACGACUGGAUAAGUCUAACACGGAUAAUUUUUUCACUCUCAUGGAUGUGAACAACAAUACCUUAAGCAGGAUGGCUAGCGAAGGAGCAGCAAAUUACAACGCCAUCGCCCCAAAUGCUACUAAUGAACGGAUUUUUGCGGCUGAUUAUAUUCUCAAACGGCGAAUAAGAAAGGGAAAGCCGGAAUACAUGGUGAAAUGGAAAGGCUGGUCAAAGAAGCACAGCACUUGGGAGCCCGAGGAAAACAUUUUGGACGUCCGUCUGAUAGAAGAAUACGAAGAGAAAAUACGUCUUGGGCUGAAACCAGGAUACAGAAAAGGCCGAGGACGUCCUAAGGCAACGGUCUUGGCCGUUCCUGUUCGUCCAGUACCAUACCCAACCCUGCACGUAAAUCUGCCACCGAGACCUACAGCACGUGUCGCGAGACCCUCACAGCUCCCUCUCAUUCACGCACCAAAGAAGCGCUUAUUGAAUAUCUACAACCUCCAAGCCUCGCAAAUGGAGACACACGAGCAGACGACCACGCCAGAAGAGGCCAGGGACGAAAGGAGAUCCUUCGGUGACAACGUCGAGCCCCAGAUGAACGAUUGCUUUAAAAGUAGAAUCUCUAUUUUCCACGAGGAAAAAUCCAACGCGGCGAUCGCUGCAGACGACAGAACCUAUGCCUGGGUGGCGGGAACUGGAGAAUGGGGCCAUGAUCACACCACGGAAAAUCAGCUGGGUUACAGUGUCCGUGAUUCGUACAGUGGACGAUGGUCCCCGCAAGAUCCCAACCUCCUUACCCCGCCCACAUCGGAAAGCCCCGCCUCCUCCGUCAAUGGACAUGAAGAUGACGAUGUAUUUGCAUUCCAAGCCAAUGACUGGACCUCCCAAGCCAAGAGGGCCAUGGAACUGGACGUAACUGUCACGGACGUUACUUGCAAUGCGCUUACGGUUACGUUUUUGGAAAGCCCUACAAGUGAAGGAUUUUUCAAAGACGGCACAAAAAUGUCUUGAACAGUGACACUAAAUGAUUGACGUUAGUUAUGACGUUAGACGUAAUGUUCAAGCGCCUUUUGGAUAAGGCGUAUAUUCAAAUACGCACAAUACUGAAAAAAGAAAAUCGAUGCACAAAACGCAGAUUUUCAGAAAGAUGCUCGCUGGUGUCUGUCGAUACUAGGAGAACACAUAAAACAAUAUUUUGAAAAAAAAAGACAAUUUUCAAUUUUUUGUUUUUUUAAUAUUGCGGGGUCAUUAACAUUGUACAUAUGUUUCGUAAGUAAGGAAAAAAGAGAGGUUUAGAUAAACUAUAUUAGAUUGCGUUAAUAAGAGGUGUAUGGCAGCUAUCAAUAAAAUUGUCAAAAAGUGGGCA